GGCCGGGGAUCGGCCCGAGCCGGGGGGAGGGAAGGUGGGUGUGAGCGGCGCGGCCGGGGGCGGGACGGGAAGGCGCGGCCCUGGCCGAGGCCCAGCUUCUUCCGCCGCUUUCUGCUGCUGUCGCCGCUGCCUGCGUGUCGGGGAGAAGCCCUAAGUAACAGAUGCGGGUAAAAGAUCCAUCGAGGGCUAACCCUGAAAAAAACAAGAGAAACAAAAGGCCUAAUAGGCCUCAGGAUGAAGACUCUUCAGAUGACAUUGCAGGUUUAACCUGCCAACAUGUAAGCCAAGCAGUGGAUGUGCAUCAUGUGAAGAGGGCAGUAGCACAGAAUGUUUGGUCAAUAUGUUCAGAAUGUUUAAAAGAAAGGCGAAUAAAUGAUGGCGACCCAGUGAUUCCUUCUGACAUAUGGCUGUGCCUCAAAUGUGGCUCUCAGGGUUGUAGUCAAAACUCAGAAGGCCAGCAUUCUCUGAAACAUUUCCAAACUGCUCGCACAGAACCUCAUUGCAUUGUAAUCAAUCUCAGCACAUGGAUCAUAUGGUGUUAUGAAUGUGAUGAAGAGCUGUCAACACACUGCAACAAGAAGGUUUUGGCUCAGAUAGUUGACUUUCUUCAGAAACAUGUUUCUAGGACUGAACCAAGUUCAUCGUCAAAAAUUAUACGACUUCGCGAAGAAAAUAAUGAAGGAAGUGAAAUAUUGAAAGGAAAAAGUUCUGCAAAUGGCGCUUCAAUUCCAGUUAAGGGAAUAAAUAAUUUAGGAAAUACAUGUUUUUUUAAUGCUGUCAUGCAGAAUCUGGCACAGACUCACAUGUUAAAUGAACUAAUGUAUGAGAUGAAGGAAAAGGGAAUAAAGUUAAAAAUCAGUCAAGCUGAAGAUGCACAAUUGGAUCCUUUGGUGGUGAACCUCUCAAGCCCUGGACCAUUGACUUCAGCCAUGUUCUUGUUCCUUCACAGUAUGAGGGAAGCUGGCAAAGGCCCUCUUUCUCCCAAAGUUUUGUUCAGCCAGCUCUGUCAAAAGGCCCCUCGGUUUAAAGGGUUUCAACAGCAGGAUAGCCAAGAGCUUCUCCACUAUUUGUUGGAUGCAAUGAGAAUAGAAGAAACAAAGCGUAUACAAGCUGGUAUCUUAAAAGCAUUCAACAAUCCAACAACUAAAACUGCAGAUGAGGAAACUAAAAGAAAAGUUAAAGCAUAUGGAAGAGAGGGUGUGAAGAUGAACUUCAUAGAUAGGAUCUUUGUUGGUGAAUUGACUAGCACUGUCAUGUGUGAGGAAUGUGAAAAUAUUUCCACAGUAAAGGAACCUUUCAUUGAUCUUUCACUCCCUAUAAUAGAGGAGAGGGUCUCAAAACCCAUGCCUUUGGGAAGGACAAGUAAAUGUAAAAACAUACAAGAAGCAGAUCUUGGUCAGUUCAACUGCUCUGCUAUUACUGCGCCAAAUAAUCAACAACCAAAAAUCACCAGGAGACACUCUUUAACAAAAGAUAAGAAUCAGUUAAAUCAUGAAAGAAGUCUUGCCAGGAAAUCCUCCUCUGGGGAAGAGGAGAGAAGUCCAGUUAUCAUGCAUGAAAAAAGAAAGCUUGAAGUAGAAGGUGGUUCUGGAGUUUUGUAUUCUGAGGCCAUAAAUACAGCUACUGUAUCCACAGCAAAUGGAAGUCAGACUGAAGGCAGUGAAAAAGAAGUCAGCCGUUCAGAAAGUAGCGUUGAUGCAGACAGUGAAGCCUCAGAAGGUGAAAGUGCUGCUAAGCAAGCAGUUACUGGUAGAUCCAGUAACGCAUCUGGUUUACACGUUGACGGGCUUAACCACUUGGUAAACAUUAGACUGCCACACAACAAACCAAGUGACAGUAAUAAUGAGAUGAUCACCAGUGCCAUAUCCAAGCUCAGCUUCAACAGUAUUGUCAAUGAAAGCGAAGAACCCAUCAGUGGGGAUCCAUCAUUAAGUUUGUCAAACAAUUCCAUGUUUUCAGUGGAAAAGUCCCCUUUGUCCCAAAGCCCUCAAAAUGCUUUCCAGACUCUUUCUCAAAGUUAUAUAACUAGCUCUAAAGAAUGUUCUGUUCAAUCCUGCCUCUACCAGUUUACAUCUGUGGAGCUGUUAAUGGGGAACAACAAGCUUUUAUGUGAGAAUUGUACAGAAAGGAAACAGAAGUAUCAAAAGAAAACUCACAGCACAGAAAAGAAAACCGAUGACUUAUACACUAAUGCCCGGAAGCAACUGCUGAUUUCUGCGGUUCCUGCCAUUCUUGUUCUCCAUCUGAAAAGAUUCCACCAGGCUGGUUUGAGUCUACGGAAAGUAAAUAGACAUGUGGAUUUCCCACUGAUUUUAGACUUAGCACCAUUUUGUUCCGCUUCCUGCAAGAAUGUUACAGAUGGAGCAAGAGUUCUGUACACUCUUUAUGGAAUAGUGGAGCACAGUGGCUCAAUGCGAGGGGGUCACUAUGCAGCAUAUGUGAAAGUCAGAAUACCUUCCAAGAAAUUAUUGGAGCACAUUGCUAGCAAUAAAAAUGUUCAAGGUUUAAAGGAAACUGUGGGAGCAUCAGCAGGACAGUGGGUGUAUGUUAGUGAUGUCCAUGUACAGAUGGUUCCAGAAUCAAGAGUACUAAAUUCACAAGCUUAUCUGCUGUUUUAUGAAAGAAUAUUGUAAGAGUGUUUACUGGUUUAAUUUGAAAAAUGGUAAUGGUUAUUUAGUCUAUCUUACUUAAAUGCUGCAGUGGUUGCAGUACCUGUAAAUAUUGUGCCUUAAUCUGCCCUUUAAUAGAAAACAUACCAUACUUUGACCCUGAACUUCAAUCAAGCUGAUUAUCAACACCCCAACACUAGCUUAAAAAUGUACAUUUUGCCAAACAUUAAAAUUCCUGAACUCCCUGUAUCAGCGAAAGAGAGAGUAAAUGACACACAGGAUGAAAUCCUGGCCCUGUUGAAGUCAGUGGGAGUUUUGCCAUUGAAUUCAGUGGAGCCAGGAUCUCACCCAUGAUUUUAAACCAGUUAAGAAUGAAAAUGACAUUGGUAAUGUUAAGUGCCUGGAAUCCCGAUGGACAGUAAUAAUGCAAAAUUACUCAUCUUCUGUGGGAUUUAGUUCAGAUCAUACAAAUUGCUGGGUUAGAUAUUUUGUCGUAAGAUUUCUACAAACAAAUUUGCAUCAUAGUAUAUUUCCAGACUUCUUAUCUGGAAAGCAGUGCUUUCGGAAUGGAAUGAUGACAUUGGACAACAUUGAUUGGCUAAUGCUGCAGUGUCAUUUCCUGAUGUACUACUGGGAAAACUUAAAAAUAUAGCAUCUACCAGUUCAUGCUUCCUGAUGGCAAAUAGAAUAUUUAGGGUUUGGAUUCUCUCAAAAACCCAGUUAGGUUUGAUACAUUUGCUCUGAGCCAUCUCUGAAUGGCAUUAUUAUAGGAAUUUUCUACCCUCUUAGUACCUGUGGAAUAAUCUUGCUGUAAGUCUACUGAUUUAAUAUAUAGCCAUUGUAUUUAUUCAAAUAGUUCUGUAUUUUAGUAAAAACUCAAAACUGCUAUACAUUGGUUGUAAUUACACAUGUACAGUACAUAGUGAGCUUGUGUAUAUACAUACAGAGUUAUUCAAGCACAACUGGGUAAUUCUAUUACUAAUUAUUGGUUCUAAAAACAAAUUUGUUCAUCUGUUGCUGAUUACUUUUCUCACAGAAGUAAUAAAUGACAAAUUAUUUUUGCAGUGUGUGAGAGUUGGACAGUAGAUGACAAAUUCUGCCCUCAAAUAGGUACAAGCAACAACCUUUGAAGUCAGUGGAGAAGGUGAGGAGGUCCAUUGGCAGAAUUUGUCCCUAAUACUGUAGCUGCCUAGGGUAUUGUGUCUGCUAUAAUGUCAGCACUUAUUUUUCUUGGCAGCCCCAUUAUUUCUGUCAGUCUUCGGCCUUAUAAUUAAACGGGCUAUUUUAAUUUUUAGGUAAUCUGAUAAUUUAUUGAAGUUAGCUAACUCAUAACUAAUUUCUGUUUAGCUUGCAACCCAUCUGUCACAACUGCUGAUUUAUUUGGUAAAUAAAAAGCUUUGUGUUUGUUUCUGUUUACUGUUUCAACAGUAGAAACAUUUAGUUUCAUGGUGAAAAUUAAGUGCCAGUCCUCCUCACCCCAGCAUUCCCUACUGCAGAACUCUGAACUUCCAGUGCUGCAAUUAAAGCAGCCUGCAGCUUACUGAUAGCCAAAUCCCACCUCUUACCCCAGGGAUUCAAGGUGUGAAAAGCGGCAGGAGCUACCAUAGUUACCUAGCUCAGAAGUAAGGAGCAGAGGCUGCACAGGGGGACUCCAUAUUCCACAUGCUGCAGCACAGUGUUCCAUGGCAGCACAUGCUGCCAUGUAGCUCCACCUGGCAAAACUCCAAUGUGGGAGGGCAGGAGGUAAGCAAGUAUAAAUGUCUUAGAGCCUGUGGGCUCUAUAGCAGAUACAGGGGAGCUAAUGGCUAGUUGCAGCUAGUUGGUCAUACCUUUGCUUAGAAGAAGUUGAGGUUACAGCAGGGUUAGCUAAUAUAUGUUGGCUAACCCAGACAUUUCCCCCAGAGUAGAUUCAAAUUAAUGCCUCUUACCUCAGUUUAGCUGGUCUCGGUCAACCCUUGUGGGAACCUAAGGGUCAACCUUAACUACCUAAGUGAGGUAAAAAGUCUUGACCUUGGUCUACACUAGGGAAAAGGUCAUGGGGAGGUUGGAGUUAACUAACAUAUUAGUUACCUUGACCUCUUUUCCUAAUCUAGAUAAAGCCACACAGGGUGCAGAGAGGUGUUCUUUUCUCUCUCUCUCUUCUUUUUUUUUUUUCCUUCUGUUUCUAUAUAGUUAGUUGAAACUCAUAAGAUUAAUGUGGAUGGGACUCCCAACAAACAAAACACGUCACCGGAAUGCUGACAGAGAAGUUUCACCACUGUGACAGAAUCUGCUCCACAGAACACCAAUGGUCCAGUAUUAGAACGACUGAAUUUACGUACAUAAAUCUCUGUUAACUGGCCAGAUGUUCAGCCUAGCACUACUCUGUGGGAUGCAAGACUGAAGGAUCCAACAGCAGAGAUUUUCUUGGCCCCAGUCAGCCCCAAGGAGAUCACUUUGCAUGAGGUCAUGGAGUCCUCACAGAGCUGGCCUCUGCUCCUCUCCAAUCAGUUUGCACCCACUGGGUGGCCUGUCUAAAUUCUGCCCCCAAGGCAGUAGAAAUGCCUGGGUUCUUCUGCCAGCGAUCCUGCUGCAGCCGUGGCAGAAGAGGGACAACUUGCCCAUUCGGGCUCAGGCACACAUUUCCUUGCUUUUAUGCUGCUUUAUAGGCUUGUCAGCAAGAAAGAUGCAAAAAAAAAUAAAGUGAAAUGAUGUGAAAACAGAAUCUAAUCCUAAUAUUAUAAGUAGUACAUCUAUCCAAGAUGCUUAUUACUCU